AUGAUCACGUCAUGUGAUGAUGAUGAUGCCAAGAAAAGAAAACUUCAUGCUAUAAAAAAUGAGAUUAACUUACAGAUCGCUUGCUGUCUAACCGACAUCCAUCUCACUUUCCUUAUGCAACCUGUUCCCCUAUACCCUCUCAUCUCUGGGUAUGUUCUGGGAUUCAGUGUCUAUCUUGGAGCCAACACACAUCACUGUAUGUGUGUGAUAACAUUCCUAUUCAUUUAUCAAAUUGGCAGUAUGAUCGCAUGUUUCAUCAAAAAGCAUCAAGCAAUCGCUGCUACUUUGAAGAGAUACCUUAUGCCUAAAACGCUGGUUUUUGUCAUGGGCGGCUAUGUUCUUAUCUACACUUUCAGUGUCACAGGGGUCUAUGCAACAUUGAGUGUUCCCGAUAAAGACAAGUUGGAUUAUGUGAGAAGGAUAGCCUGUUCUCUCACCGAUAUCCAUCUUACAUUCCUCAUGCAACCAGUCCCUCUUUACCCAAUUUUCUCCGGGUACAUUCUGGGAUUCAGUGUGUAUCUCGGAGCUACUAUUCAUCAUUGUAUGUGCAUCAUAAUUUUCCUGCUCAUCUACCAAAUCGGUAGUAUGAUAACUUGUUUCGUUAGAAAGCAUCAAGCGAUUGCGGGUACAUUGAAGAGAUAUCGGAUAUCAAAUCUUUUAGUUUUUAUUAUGUUAUUGUAUGUAUUUAUCUACACGUGUAGUGUGACAGGUAUAUUUGCGACUUGUAGUGUGCCUGAUGGUGAGAAAUUGAAUUAUGUGAGAAAGAACUAUCCUGAAUACCUAUCUGGAUUCGAGUCAAUCCCAAACUUUUCCAUCUAUGACCCAUCUGAUUACUUUGCAAAUUUUGUGAUCUAUUCUCUGGUCGGAGGAAUUAUUGCAUUUCUAACACUAGUAGCAGUCCUUCUAAAUAUUUUCCGAAUGUUGAGUGUUCUAAAAUCUAAAUUAUCCGCGUCUACUUAUCAAAAACAUCGAUCUGCAAUCUACAGUUUGCUAGCACAAUUUGCCACGUCAUCAGUGAUUUUCGUACCGCCCAUCUUUUUUGUUUUUAUUGUUCUGAUGGGUAUCAAUGGAGCGCAAUUAAUCGUCGAGUAUCUAGUUGUGAUUGCAUCAUUUCACUCUUCCCUGAACUCAAUAGUUUUGAUUACGACUUUUCCGCCUUAUCGGAGAUUUGUGAUCAAUCUGAUACUCAGAAAAGACAAAGCAGUCCAAAGUACUCGGCAGAAACCCGCAUCAGGCACGCAACAUUUACACGUUGAGCAUCAGGCGCGCAACACUGCAGCAUCAGGACUGCAUCAUUUACACGAGUUUCGUUUUCGGAAACGCGUCGGCAGCACGUGUGCAGCAACUAGGAUGCGGCAGCAUAUCCGCAAACCUGCAGCAACAGAUCCGCUACUCUUCAGCAGCACCUAG